ACUAACUUUUACAGUUAUUUUCAUUUCGUGCGAUUGCAAAAUUUCUCGUAAUUUUAUGAACACGCGUUUUUGCCAAACAACGAUCCGAAUACAAUAAAAAAAAAAAUGUUGGCACGUGAGGAGAAAUAUACGAAAUAUCUUAAUGAACACGGAGUAUUGCCGCGGCUAUUGGAAAUAUUGCAGCAACUUGUUGAUCUCAAACCGCUGCCCAUCGAUCCUCAAUUGGAAAUUUUGCACACCAUCGGAUGUCCCCUAAUUCCGCAGUCCCAAAUGAAAGCGCUGGAACGCAAAGUGUCACGUGCCCAAGAAGAACUGCGUUAUUUGCGUCGCGUUCUCAUUGAUUUGGGUGGACAAGAUUAUCUCUACGACAGCGACAACGAUGAAGAUGAUUACGUGGGCCAAGUAGGCGAAAUGGGAGCUGCGCCCCUUUACUCCCCAGACCCAACGAACUACGAGGAGAGCAUUGCGUCCAACUCUCAGUAUAUGGUUGAAGCGUCUAUUAAUCUCAGCGAGGGAAUCGGAGUUGAGCAGCAGCAAAGCGAUGAGCAGCCGAGCUGCAGUCACCUCCAUCCCAACGCGCAAGAUUUGUAAGCGAAUCUUGUGUAUUCCAAUUUUGUUUAGUAUAUCAUUGCUUAGGAGAAAAGCAUAACAUUUUAUAGAAUUUGGAGAAAAAUCUGCCGCUUAAGAGCGUUCUAUUUUAUACAUUUCAAGAAAAAGUUGCGUAUUAUGCGGUAUUAUAUUAAGCAUUUGCAAAACGAAUUUUCAUUUAACGCAUUGUGUAAACCAAUUUUGAAUUUUGUUAUCAGAUAAGACAUAAAAUCCACGCUAGAUCGUUGGUGGAAAUUUAGUAUUAAGUUUAAUUCGUUAUAAAGAAUUUGUCAAGCUAAGAUUGACAGAAAUAUCGUGAAAUAUGUAUAAUGUUUUUAGAAAUAUCAUU